AUGGGCAAGAAGGCCGUGCCUAAAGAAGAGGAUGCUGCUGAGAAAUUGAAGGAGAAAGAGUUUCAAGAGAAGACUGGGAGUGUAAUAGUACAAGCCCCAGUAAUGAUGAAAGAGCCUAAAGAACAACACCCUCUGAAAGUGAAAAAGGAGACCGAGGAUGAGCAAAUUGCUAAAUUCUUGACAGUGUUGGAGAAGAAGCCUCCCUAUAUGGCCUGUCUGAAAAGUGUAUUCUCUGAGAAGAAGGCCCUGAGGGGAGAUGAAACUGUGGUGCUAACCAAGGAGUGCAGUGCACUAGUGCAAAAGAAGCUACCUCUGAAAUUGCCAGAUCCUGGAAGCUUCGUAAUUCCCUGCACCAUAGGGACUAUCACAUUUGAGAAAGCAUUAUGCGACCUUGGAUCAAGCAUAAAUCUGAUGUCCCUCUCUGUGAUGAAGAAGCUGGGUAUUCAAGAGGUGCAACCCAUAAGAAUCUCACUGGAGAUGGCAGACAAGUCCCUAAAGCGGGUAUAUGGAUUGGUGGAGAAUGUCCUUGUAAAGGUUGAAGACCUUUACCUUCCUGCAGACUUCGUGAUACUUGACACUUAA